GCCACGGCCGCCGACGGCGCCCGCGAGCCUCUUAAGCGCACCCACACGGCCGUGGGUGGAGCGACGAGGCCCUCCUCACCAAUCCACACCUCGCACUCACCUCGACACACCCGCAUCCAACAGUCAUGACUGGCUCACACGGCCCUACCGAGCGCCCAGGCUGGGCCGUGGCGCACCUGGUGUGUGCGCUGCUGGCCGCCGUGUGCGCCGCCUUCACGCUGGCGUUUGGCUUUGGCUGGAGCGAAGCUUCCGGCUCGCUGUACGAGUUCACCAUCGUGCUCAUCACGGGCGUCAGUCUUGUCCUCGCAUGCGCCGCCGCAUCCCUCAUCCUCGCAUGCGUCGACCUGGCACACCACUUCUCGCCACGCGGCCGCGUCGUGUGGAGCAGCAUCAUGUUGUUCUUCUGGACAGGCGCAAACGCCGUCGUCACCGCAGGCGGAGUCGGCAAGGCCGUCGCCUUCGCACGCAUGGCGAACAGCUACUCGAACAACGACGUGGCCACCGCGGUGCGUCUCCCCCUGCAUCCCGCUCCCAGGAACUCUCGAGCCUCCAACGCUGACCCCUGCAGAACACAGAGAUACGACAUGUACCUGCGGCGCGUGUGGGGCGACAACGUCGUGGUGCCGUGGCCCUUCUGGGCUCUCUGCAUCGUCUCCAUCAUCGCCAUUGGCGCCUGCCUCGGCACCAUCUUCAGCUCUGCGCGCGAGGAGAUGCGCCGCGCACGGCGCGAUCCGGGCUACAAUGCCAUGGCGGAGACGCAGAGCACCAAGGAGGGCCAGGCCUAGAAUUUGCUGCCUUCUCGCGCUCUACACUCUUUCGUUUCUUGCCUUGUGUUGCAUUCUGGGUCAUCGAUGUGCAUUCGCCUGCUGUACAUACAAUGCCACCUCGUUGA